UUCUCUCUUUUUGGCUCCCGCUCCUCGGGCAAACCCUCCAACCCCCCUUCCUCCUCCUCCUCCUCCUCCUCCUCUUCCUCCUCCUCCUCUCCCGCGGCGGCCCUGAGCAAAGCGGAGUUCCUGGACUGCGUGCGGCGCAGUAACCAGGCCUGCCAGCAGGGGGAGUUCGGGCUGGCCGAGCGUCUCUAUGGCGACGCCCUGGCCUCCGACCCGCAGAACCCCAUCCUGUACAGCAACCGCUCCGCCGCGCGCAUCCGUUUGGGCCAAUACGGCCCCGCCCUGGAGGACGCCCUCCAGGCCCGCAUCAUCAACCCCAAGUGGCCCAAGGUAAGGCGCUACCGGAGGGUCACCUGUUGCCGGGCGAGAUCUGAGUGGCCCACGGUAAGGCCCCCCCCGGAAGAGCGGGUCAUCGGUGAAGGUUCAGUGGGAUCCUUCUCUGAAGUGGACGCCAACCAGAUGUUUACGGAGAGGCCUGUCAUUAGCCACGACCACAUGCUGCCAAAGCCUCUACGUACAACCCUUAACGAAUCAAUGCAAGCGCCACACAAACGCUUCCUCUUCCUCUUCCUCUUCCUCUUCCUCUUCCUCUUCCUCUUCCCGACCCCAGAGUGGCGUCCGGGGUCAGGAGAGCCGCGGAGCGCGCGGGCGGAUGACAGGAGGCUCCGGCCCCGCUAG